AUGACGGCUCUUUAGGGAAUUUCUUAAAUCACGAUCUAAAGAUGUCAUCUUUUUCGCGCUGUUCAUAGUUCACGCUCCGUCCAGAUAUUUUCUACGUCCAUGCAUGGCGUGUGUCAUGUCCUGUCAGAGCUGCGAAUAGUAUAUGUUAUAUUAAGAAUUCUUUCGUUAUUUAUCUAAUUAUACGCAUAUAUGCUCAUUGUAUAAUAAAGUAUAUACAUAUAUUGUUUAAAUAAAAAGAAUUUCGUAACAUUCACGGGAGCAUCGCAAAAUGUUGACUCCACGCUUCAAAAUCACUCAAACUGAUGCAGAAGUCACGAUAACAAUGCACGCUCCGUAUGCCAAUAUAAAAGAUACAGAAGUAUACGUCGAUGGAACAGAUUUCAGAUUUUUUUCCACUCCCUAUUACUUGAGAUUACAAUUACCAGGUGAAAUAGAGGAAAAUAAUUCGUCUUCUGGUUCUUACGAUUGCGAAAAGGGUGAUUUUACUUUACAUUUCUCAAAAGUGAAUAAGGGAGAACACUUUGAAAACUUGGAUAUGAUAACUGUUCUUUUGGCACCACCAAAAAAGAAAAGUACUGUCAUUCCUAAUAUUGAAGUAAUUGGUAAUCCAUCUACAAAUUCAGCGAAUAUUGACGACAGUUUAAAUGACAAUGAUACCACAAAUAAUGAUGAUCCUGAUGAUAACUGGUUCAUACCUCAGAAUAAUCCAUCAGAAAAUGUAACUGUUCUUAUAGGCUCUCCAAAGUAUGGUUUUGCGAAUAAAAUAUCAGGAGCUUUAACUGCUUUUGAGGCAGCAUGGAUUAAGGAAAUAAUAGAUCUUCCCACCCCUGAUACAACUCCUGAAGCAGAAAGAAAAAGUUUGCAAGAAAAAUGUGAAUUGGAAGAUUUCAAUGAAGAACAUUAUAUGGCAGAUCUUAUGGAGCCAGAAUGUACCGAAUCAUAUAUAGCGUAUACAGCAGAAUGGGAUAUGCUGCAGAAAGACAAAGUUACAUUUAGCGAAGCUGAGAUUGAUCUAUUAAAAGAUCUUCCAAAUAAGGAAUAUUUAUUAGAUGCUGAAGAUAUAAAAAAGUUAUGUUUAAAUCUUAUUGAUAUUUUAUAUGCCAGUUGUUACAACCAUCGAACUACAUUAGGAGAAAAUACUGUAGAAAGCAGUUGGACCAUUAAUAAGCUAAGCUCUACAUUAUGUUGGUUCCAAAAUUUUACUUCUGUGGAUGAAGUUAUUACUGCAUGCUUCCGAAGAUCACUUUGUUAUCCACUUUACAGAAAUUGGGAGCUUUCUAUGAAAGUUUUCGAAGAUGUUAAAAAAGCUCUCACAUUAGGAAAGAAAUAUAUUAUCAAAGUCUUCUGUGAAAUACAUAGUCUUUUUAACAACUCGUAUGAACCAAGAUACAUAUUAAACCAAUUAUACAUAAAGGACUUUUUAAUUUGGCUGCAAGCAUCUCCUGAAUCAUUAAUAGAACCACUUCACUCUAUGUUAAAUAAUAUUCAUCCAAGCAAAGCAAGCAUGGGAUUGGAUUUAGUAGAACUGGAAGUGGCAGCUUAUUCUGUUCAAGAAGAGGGACUUGUUAUAGAAAAUGCUGUUCAUGAGAUGGUUGGACAAAUCGAUGAAUUGUGUUUAAAUGAUUCUGAGAAAGAAAAGCCAAAGAAUAUAUAUCAUGUUAACAAACAAUUUUUUAAGCAUUUGUUAUUGAGCAAUACAAGUUCAACGAAUAGCAGUGAUACAGAUUCUGAAACAGAUUCUGAAAGCAGUACUACAUCAAGUAGCAGUACCACCAGCAGUAGCAGCAGUCUUGACUCUGAUGAUUUAAAUGAACCUGAAUAAAAUGGCAACAUUGAUCAUUUUAUUGGAGUAACAUUUUUCAUUUGUAAUAUAAGGUAAUAUGUGAGAUAAUAAAUUUUGUUUCGACGAUAUAUGUAUAAAUGAACGAUAUCCCACGUUAAUAAAGCACAAAAAUUAACCGACAUGUCACAUUGUGUGACACGUAUGAGGCUCAAGUGGAAACUAUCUAGCAAUCCUCUCAUGUCGUGUAUGUUAUACUAUAGCGCGUGCCCCAUCCCUUCCAUGCGCGAUACGAACAUGAUGCUCUUACGACAGAAAUAUCAUGUAACAGAGUCUAGUUGACGGAAAGACGGAAUAACGCAAAGGAUUGAAGCUGGGACAAUUUUAAAUAAUCGCAGUGUCAUCAAUGUAAUAAAAAUCAACGCUGAAUUUAUUCGCACAAACUGGUGAUGCUAAUGAGAAAUUAUAUUCAACGAGACAAAUCGCUACACACAAAUACGCGCUCGCCAACUCAAGAAACUCGAUCAAACAGAGGCUCCCUUGUUCUCCCUUGUCUUCAUUCGCAUCGUGCUCUUUGAACGUAAUUUUCUGCCGCGCUCAGUAGAAACUCGUCUCUCUUAUGCGCAACCGGCAUGCUUUCGUUUACCUUUCGCAAUCAAGUGCAAAUUUAAUAAUUAACGACAAACUCUCGAUGUUCUUUACCACGUUCUCUACCUAGAUUAUCUUUCCGCUCGUAAUAUAUAACGAUGGACGUAAAAGUGUCACGCUCGAUCCUCGAAACGAUCGCUAAAGAUCAUCUCUGCGUUAGAUACGUGCGUAUGUAUUUUCCUUUCGCAUAGAUGAAGAAUAGCAAAAAUAUGCAAUUUUUUUAACUUGUGUGUGUUUAUAAAUAAUAAUAAUAAAACAGUCUCGGA